AUGGCAAAGGGUCUAUUUGCAAGCCUCAAAGGCGUCGAUGCAUUUGGCAAGACAACCGAAGAUGUCAAGGUCAAGACGCGGACGGGCGCAUUUCUGACAAUACUGUCAGCGGCAAUAAUUCUUGCCUUCACUACCAUGGAAUUCUUCGACUACAGGCGCGUAAGCGUCGACACAUCUAUCGUUGUCGACAAGAGCAGAGGAGAGAAACUCACCGUCAACAUGAAUGUUACAUUUCCAAGGGUACCCUGCUUCCUGCUUAGCGUGGAUGUCAUGGACAUCAGCGGCGAGACCCAACGAGACAUAUCCCACAACGUCCUGAAGACCCGCCUCGACUCGAAAGGCGUCAUGAUACCGAACUCAUAUAGCUCUGAGCUGAAGAAUGAUUUAGACACGAUUCAUAGUGCGAAGGGCGAGAACUACUGCGGGUCGUGUUUCGGAGGGUUGGAGCCCCCUAGUGGAUGCUGUAAUACGUGCGAGGAAGUCCGACAAGCAUACAUCAACCGCGGAUGGGCGUUUGGCAACCCCGAAGCGAUCGAGCAAUGCAAGGACGAAGGGUGGGCGGACAAGCUCAAGGAACAGGCGUCAGAGGGAUGCAACAUCAAUGGCCGUCUGCGCAUCAACAAAGUCAUAGGAAACAUCCAUCUCUCUCCGGGUCGUUCAUUCCAGUCAGCGGCGCGAAAUAUCUACGAACUCGUUCCGUACCUCCGGGACGACGGUAACCGUCAUGACUUUACGCACACGAUCCACCAUCUGGCUUUCGAAGGCGAUGAUGAAUAUGACUUCAACAAGGCAGAAAUCAGUAGCACGAUGAAGCAACAACUCGGAGUCACGAAUCCAUUGGAUGGGUCAUAUGCUAGGACUUCAAAAGCACAGUAUAUGUUCCAAUACUUCCUCAAAGUCGUCUCGACACAGUUCCGUACAUUGGAUGGCCAAACUGUUAACUCGCAUCAAUAUAGCGUAACGCAUUUCGAGCGUGAUUUGACUGACGGCGGUCAAGGCGACACUCCCGCAGGUGUCCACAUUCAGCAUGGCGUUUCUGGCCUACCAGGUGCAUUCUUCAACUUCGAGAUCUCGCCAAUCCUCGUCGUGCAUUCAGAAACCCGGCAAUCAUUCGCGCAUUUCAUCACUUCGACAUGCGCCAUUGUCGGAGGAGUGUUGACGGUGGCAUCGCUACUUGAUAGCGUGCUGUUCGCCACCAGCCGUGCCCUCAAGCAGAAAAAGUCGGCAGCCAGCAGCGGGCCAGCCUACACAGGUGGCGGCAAGCUGAUGUAA